AUGAGUUCCUGGAAGUGGCUUCCUAGUUUCAUUUUCCUGGUCUGUCUGAUAAACCUUGUUUCUAUUGUCAAAUCCCAAUUCCCAACUCAGAUAUCUUUCCUGUAUGAAUGUCAAAAUAAUGGUAAUUACACGAGUAAUAGCCCAUACAAGACAAACCUUGACAACCUCCUCUCAUCUGUCUCGACCAAUAUCAACACCAAUAAUGGAUUCUACAACAACUCCAUUGGAGAAAAUUCAGAUAGAGUCAACGUCAUUGCGCUCUGUAGAGCUGAUCUUCAGCCUUCUCAGUGUCGUUAUUAUGUGGAAAAUGCUACGGCCGAAAUCUUAAAGAGGUGUCCAAAUCAAAAACAGGCAAUCUUAUGGCACGAAUUUUGUAUGGUACGAUAUUCCAACGAGGCUAUCUUUGGAAUUCUUGCAAAUUCCCCAAUGAUAUCGGGUCGUAGUGGGGAAAAUGUCACAAAUACAGACGUUUUUUACCGGGAGUUGGACGUACUGUUGAACAGCCUUCACGGCCAUGCCGCUUUUAAUAGCUCGCCGAAGAAGUUUGCUGCUGCCACUCGGGGUGUGAAUGAUUCGAAUCAUCCGUUAAUUUCUGCAUUUGAACAGUGCACACCUGAUACUUAA